AGGUUUCAAGUCAUGCGGUCACAAGAGACAUAAUCCUUUUUAGUGGGAAGGGGUAUAAAAAAGAAAAGCGCCUACUCUUUUCAGAAAUUUACCAAAAGCAAAAUGGCACGUGCCACUUUCUUUAUUCUAUUAGCAGCAACGAUUGCUGUUUAUGAAGCUACACAAACGGAGAAAGAAGGUGAAAAGGCCCAGGAGGAGACCUGCGCUCUAAUGGUUAAAGUCCUCGAUGCUGUCCGGGGGAUGCCAGCAGCUAAGCUUAACCUGAAAGUCUUGAAGGCAGGAGAAGAGAACAGCUGGCAGAUCGUAUGUAGCAGGAUCACUGAUAAUGAUGGAGAGGUCCAUAAUCUAACAUUAGGAACUAAUUUCACUGAAGGAAUAUACAAGGUUGAAUUUGACACAAAGACCUACUGGAAAUCUGUAGGACUGAACCCUUUCCAUCAUGUUACAGACGUGGUGUUUGAAGGCAGUAAACUUGGCCAUCAUCACUAUACUCUUGCAGUUCUUCUGAGCCCUUAUUCAUUCACAACAACUGCUGUUGUUAGAAGUAAACAUAAAUAAAUCAAUGUCACGCAAGAUAUUUAAAUUAUACAUUGUGGAAAAAUCCAUCCUCCACUAUUUACUGUAAUAUGACAAACAAUUUACAACCAUUUUAUUAUAUAUAAAGCAAUUGCUUUGUUUUGAUUUUUGUUAGCUCUAAGUAAACAGCACAGAAUAAAAACAACUAUCAGACAUCGGAGAAAUUGAAACAGAA